UGACAGCAUUUCAUAACACGUGUUGUCUAAACAGUUAUUCGUUGACUUAUAACGAUGUGCCAGUAGUUUCUCGAGAUCAGUUGCACAAUCCAAUCAAGAAUGAAUCUGUUCGUACUAUUCUUCAACGUGGCUUGUCUGGCGGCUUGUUGGGCUGGGUACACCGACAACCAAUGGAAUCAACUUCAGUUGAAAUCGGAAAAAUGUCGAAAGCAACUACAACUUCCAGAGGAUAGUGACAUUCCAGCUCGGGCUCAUUGUGGUGAUGUAACAAUGGCCACAGAAUUAUUCAAGAAAUUUGUGCAUUGUGAAUCAAGUAGCAUGGGGUUUGUGGAUGAGAAUGGUUUACCCAUCAAGAAGACUCUGGUUGAUUUUAUGACGGAGGGCCACAAUAACACCUUGGUGCAGGAGCUGGUGGACCGCUGCGCUGGUGGAGAACUGGGUGAGCAGCCGCAUGAGAGGGCCUUCAACUAUUACAAGUGCUUUUGGACGCAGAAAAAGUUUGAAGUGUGAUGGUUUGAAAAAUGGUUUAAUAAAUUUAAUUCCGUGAAAUUUUUUAAAA